AGUGUCCGGACUGGAAAGGGGGUGAAAGUGUCCGGACUGGAAGGGGGGGAAAGUGUCCGGAAGGGGGGGAAAGUGUCUGGAAGGGGGGGAAACUGUCCGGACAGGAAGGGGGGAAAGUGUCCGGACUGGAAGGGGGGGAAAGUGUCCGGACUGGAAGGGGGUGAAAGUGUCCGGACUGGAAGGGGGGGAAGUGUCCGGACUGGAAGGGGGGGAAAGUGUCCGGACUGGAAGGGGGAAAGUGAAAGUGUCCGGACUGGAAGGAAGAGAGAGGGGUGGGAAGCUGGUAGCACUGUGUGAGUGGGGGCAUUAGGGGGAAACAUAUGGUUCACAGGGAGGGUGAUGGGUGCGGA